CGCUCUUUCUCCUUCGUGGACAUCAGUCAGCAUCCUCUUUCAACUACUAGCGUGUCAACAAGCAACAAGAACAUUCAGUCAUAUCCGCAACUACUAUAAGAGACUGUUCGUUGCGUCGUCACUUUUACAUCCCUGCUUUGCCCUUUUUUCCCCCCCAAGCAAAGAAUACCUCACCAGCCCAGUCCGCUUACCCCGCCAUCAACACGAGCACGCAAACAAGCUUAUGCACGCCUUGUUUGUUGACCAACGUCACCGCCGUCGGUCAUUGUACUAGGUCACUUUGAGUCUCACAACUGCCAAAAUACAUUUGAGGUGGUCAGCAUCUGAAGUUGAACAUCUCUACCUCUUAUCCCUCCUCACUCGAUACAUCCAUCAGUCAUCGUUGGGUACAUUCCGUCCAAGUACUACUUGGUUUAGUCGAGUGUGUUACCUACCAGCAACCAUGGCCUCCACGAAGCGCAUCGCGAAGGAAUUCGCAGACUGCACCACCGCCCCACCCCCUGGCAUUUCCAUCACCCUCCCCUCUGACGCCGACCUACACACCUGGCACGUCACCGUCACGGCGCCGCCCAACUCCGUCUACGCCCCCGGUCGCUUCGGCCUCAUCCUCAAGCUUCCCACCGAUUACCCCUUCAAGCCUCCGACCAUCAACUUCACGACGCGCAUCUACCACCCCAACAUCACCAACGACUCGCUGGGGAACAUCUGCCUGGGCCUGCUGAAAUCCGAGAACUGGAAGCCCGCGAGCAAGAUCAUCAGCGUGUUGGAGGCUGUGCGCAACAUUCUCGUCGAACCGAUGCCCGACGACGCGCUCGAGCAGCGCAUUGCGGAUGAGUAUCGGAGGGAUCGGCCCGAGUUUGAGAAGAAUGCGAGGGCGUAUGUGGAGAGGUAUGCAAAGGGGUCGGUGAAUUUCGUGCAGGCUCCUCCUCCUCCGGAGAAGAAGGAUGGUGCGCCUGCGGGUGCUACUACUACUGGUGCUGUGAAUCCUGGUCGCGCUGCUGGUAGGCAAGGAGGUGCUAGCUCGGGUUCGGCGUCCCGCCCUGCUCCACCUGCGUAGGGGCAGGGGCGUGGGUGGUAGGUGGCUGCUCGAAGAUAUACGCCUUUUUGUCACUUGAUGGAGCUGUUCAAAAUGCAUAAGCGAUGACACAGAGUCUCUGUGAUGCGAGCGACGUGAUGCGUAACGGGGAUGGGAGGUUAGUGGCAAGGAUUCUUUAAACUGCAUAUGUGCGACACGAUUAGAAGGAAUCGAAAGAGACCGGGUAUGUGGCAAGCUCGUUACCAAAAUAACUGGACUUGAUGGAUGAGGCUAGCAUUAGGCUGGAGAUGGUUAUCGAAGGGAAAAGUGUUUAACCAGAACUGGAUGUGGCGAUCACUGGACGCCUGGGUUGGUCUGAAAACUGCUAGACAUCAAUGCAAGACAAGGCCAAUAGUGAUAGACAUCAUUGAUCAUGGGAACGAAGAGUGGAGGAAACACAUCGCACUGGCUCAACUGAAUGAUGGAGCAGGCAUUAUUAUGAGGCUCAUAGCAAUGUCUAAUGCGAAAAGUCCGGGAAAUUAGAUUUGAGCCAUUCAUCCCCCCCCUCCAAAAAAGAGUCACAAUGAUUACCCA